GAGCUGCCGACGGGGCCGUGGGCCGUGGACAUCUACGACGAGGACGAGCUCCUCUCCUCGCUCGCGGGCAUGAUCGUGAGGCACCCCGACGUCCAGGUGUGGCUCCUGAAGAUCGACGACGAGAGAGACGGCCGCGGCCUCGCGUACGUGGACCUGGCGAAGAUGAGGGAGGUUGCCGACGCCGCGCGGUACUGCAAGGCAGCCGUGCCCCCGAGCACAGAGGCCGAGGCCGCGCCGGCGCUGCUGGGCUCGGAGGCCAGCGAGGUUCGCGCCAUGCUGCAUAAGUACUUGCCGAAGAGGGUGACGCUCUGCUGCAAGCACGCCUACCCGGACUGGGCCACCUGGCUGCAGGAGGCCUCGUCCGCCGUGCUCCGCGCCGUGCCGAACAGCAUGGUCUCCCAGUGCAGCGUGCACCUGAGCAUCGAGCCGGACGGCAACACCCAGGUCACCGGCACCUCGGAG